AUGGUAGAGGGUAGAAGUGAUUUAGAUCGCAAGCUCGAGGAGUUAUACAUCGACUAUGUGGAGAUUGAGAAGAUAAUAAACAGAUUGAAGGACAUCAAAAAGAGAUGCACAUACAAAAAUGAGUUUGCAAAGGUACUGAUGAAAAGAAAGUCUGGGAUGAAUGUUGAAAUGGAUGUUAGGGAAGAGGAGAGAUUCUGUAAAGUUACGAAAGGGUGUAUGAGAUUUGAUCUUGACCAUGAAUUUUGGAAUGAGAUUUCUAAGAUGUUCAAUACGCCACGAAAUGAAUGCUUCAACAGAUGGAUUAACAGAGUCGAGGCGUUUGAUAAGAUUUUGAAUAAGAAAGAUGCGACCAUAAUUAAUUCUUUAGUUCAGGAAGGAAACGAUUGGCUCGAGAUAUCUGCAAAGAUGCAUUGCAGGCCGUUUGAUGCGGUACGCCUGUAUCUUGGCAUUAACACAGACACUAUACCCAAGAUGUGGACGUCAGAAGAAGAUAGCUUACUUGAGGAGGGCGUUGAGAAGCACGGGCUUUCAAAGUGGAGAUAUGUGUCGAAAGUUGUGAAAACAAAAACUGGUAAGGAAUGUGCAAUGAGGUUUUAUUUCCUGAGCAAAAAUGUCAAGAAAGGCAAAUGGUCGGAUGACGAAGAGCAAAGGCUUGUGCAUGCGGUCAGUAUCUGUAAGGAGGGUGAUUGGAGAUGUGUUAGCAACCAUGUCAUGACACGAAACCCAAUCCAGUGCAGAUCAAAGUACAUCCAACUCAAGAAAUGCGCACAGCAAUAUUCUGAAUAA